AUGUCUACGACUCUUACUCUGCCUACCAACUUCUCGGCUGCGGUGGCUUUGGAGCAAUGGGCAAACUUGUAUAGUCAUGCAGAUAGCCUGUUCAGCCUUUCACCGCUCACAUCACCAGAGCAUACUCCGCCUUCAUCCCCUAUUCUUCCUUCUAAUGUUGAUCUCCAAUCGCAUGGCAGAAUCACAUCCGACGCGUUUGUCAACGAUGGCUGUCAGUUGAAUCCGUCACCAUUGCCAGUACCACUUUUUCCACACUCCUCGCCUUCAUGUGUUCCUGCAGUACAACCCCAACCAUCAUUGCCGGCGAGGGCCUCAGGGAACGUCUCCACGAUGGAGGGUCCAUCCUCCAACCCCAAGCUGCCAGUAAAAGACGCAAAGAAAUCCAAACCGCCCCAUCGCGCAGCUCGCCAGCAUGCUGCUGCAAAUGCUGCUCGAGCGCAUCAACGAGACAAGGCCAAAGGCGGGCAAAUCCUUGAGCCAGCUGUUCGUGAAGCCCCUCAUCGGAAAUAUGUCAAGGGAGCAAAACAAAUCAACACCACAUUUGUAACAGAAUCCGCACGCGUUGCUCGAACAGGCUUCAUCGGAAUCAACGACCGCUCCAGAUCAAAGAGGGUGUACCAUCUAGAGGAGGUUACAGGAGUCAAUUCAGAGCUCCAGUUCAAGCUUGUCAAGUGGGAUGGAAGACAACCGAUGUUCAUCUCGGACUCAGAUGGACGCGCUCUCGUUAUUCUGGCGGGAUAUCCGGAGGACCAGGGCUGGCCUAUCCUCAUGGAACUAGCUGCAGACUCCCUGGAGGUGGCACGAAGCCGUUUUGUCCCGCCCAAGUCCGAGAAUCGUCGAGGAACGUUCGACUCUCUACACUGCGGUGUCUCCUUCGGCGGCGGUCAAACUUCGCCCUCCAAUCUUCGGAACGAGAAGGUCAACAAGGUGAUAUUGGAAUGGCUCUGCAACCUCGAACCCUUCAAGCGGUUGGCAGGAUUUGCCUCAUCUGCUAUGCACACCUGGGCUAACGAUCUAUUCUGUGCAUAUGCAGAAAAUCUGAAAGAACUCCACAAAGACCCUGAGCUGAAGCGUGUCUUCCCCAACAGUAUCUUUUCCGCGGCUACAUUCAACAUGGGACCUUGUACAGUAUGCACUAAGCACAAGGACUUCUCCAACUUGCCAUACGGAUACUGCGCGGUGACUGCACUUGGCGAUUUUGAUCCAAGGCAGGGGGGUCAUCUUAUACUCUGGGAGUUAGGACUUGUUGUUGAGUUUCCCCCCGGAUCUACGAUUUUGCUUCCCUCCGCGCUGAUAUCCCAUUCUAACACCGCCAUCUCCCAGCAUGAGAAACGCUACUCCUUUACCCAAUACACCGCAGGAGGUCUUUUCCGUUGGGUGGCUCACGGAUGCAGAACAAAGGACAAAUAUCUGGCUACCCUCACUCCGGACCGCCUUGCAUCGUAUGUUCAAGAGGAGUCAGAACGUUAA